AUGUCUCAAAGGCUUUUGAGAAAAUCAAGAACUAAUCAGAAUGAUUAAAGUCAAUGCUAAAGCCAAGGGCAUGCUUCUCCAGUCCUCAAUGAUGAGCAAAUGAGAAAUUUUAAAAUCGAAUUCUCCGACCUAUCAAGGAAAAGAUUGAGUGACAGUGGAGAAGUCAAAGAUCCAACAAUUUAUAGUUAACGUAAAUCCAGACUCUCCUAAUUUUCUCAAAUCAAUCAUCGGCAACGGGAUUUAAGCGAACACAACCCCAGCCUUCCAUAAUGUACAGCUACCACUAAAUAAUAUUAUUAAUUAAAAUGGAAGGAAUUAAAUGGGCUACCAAAGCAAACUGACAUACAGUAAAUUAUCAGGACAUUUCUGUAGAAACUUAAAAGAAAUGCAAACAUAGUGGAAUCUCCUGUUUCCAACACUUACUUCAAAGAAAACUACUUGAAACAAGAGGUGUAACUCUAACCCUCCUACCUUUUACACUUGAGACAAUUUUUUCAAUACACUAGAUUGCUAUCUUAUAUCCUAGUUCCAUUGUAAGCCGGAACCAAUUCAGUGUAAUUAUGGGUCUUAGGUUUAAUCCUCUUAUUGUUACUAAUCGAAUAAAUUGAUUAUAUUUUUAAACUAAAACUGGAAAGAGUGAAUAUCACUUGCAAUUUUGUUUAUAUAGCAAGCACGUUAUUAAUUAAUUUUGAUUUCGGCAAUACAGGGAAAUUAGUAUUGUUACUCCUCUUACUGACUGGGAUCAAAUACUAGUUCCAUUGGAAUGCAAUCACGUUUUCCUUUAUAUUUUUGAUCUACAUCAACUACAUCGCCAAUCUUUGGCUGUUACUCCAAGACGACGAGUUCGGUUACAUCGAAUCAGUGAUUUGGACAAUGAACAAUUGUGUAUAACAUUAACUAUAAUUAGAAAGUUGCCCUUCCAUAAUAUUGAGUCGCACCAUCAAUCCAACCAGGUCUACACAAUACUAGUCCAGAUUGCAUCCUACUAUUUUUAAUUGCUAUUUUUGACCUCUUUCAUUAAAUUCUUGUUCUCCACAAAUGAGUACUGUUUUAAGUUAAUUCUAGAAUGAAGAUGUUUUCAGACUUCUUAGAGAACAAUAAGGUUGAUCACAGAAUGAUAUAGGAUACAAGGGAAGUGUUGAAGGAAAAUCAAUAUUCAAACACAUUGGCAACUGUAACUAAGAGUUCGAUUUAUAUUAGGUUAACAACUUGAUGCAAUCGCUUCCAAUUAAUUUAUAGAAGCCUUUGUUUUUCUUAAUGAAGAGCAAGAAAUUAUAGCAGAUCAGUUUUUUUAAGUAGUAUUUUUCUAAGUAAUCUUUGGAUCAGAUUGGAUAUGAAUCAACUCUCAAGUUUUAUAAAACCAAUGAAAUAAUUGUUGAGAAAGGCCAAUUAGAUGAGUACAUGUAUGUAGUGCUUCAAGGAGAAAUAGGGAUAUACGAUAAGAAUAUUUAUUUGCAAAAUUUACCUGCAAACUAAGCUAUUGGAAUAGAAAAUUUGCUUAUGAGUCAAGGACAUAAUCUAACAAUGAGAAGUAAGGGUAAUUCUAUACUUAUUUAAAUAAAACACUCAUUAUUUUGGGAUACGAUAAAAAAGAUUAAUAGCGAUUUAGAAAUAUUGCAUUCCAUAAAAAAUGAAGUGCUAUUUAUGAAUAAAAUAGAAUUAUUGUUACAAAAUUGUUAUGUCUGUGGAUCAUAAUAUCAUCUGAGUUCAGGAUGUAAUAAAGUGCAUUCGGUUUUAAACAAAAACAUAGUUAUCAGUAGAUAUUUAUAUUCAGUCCCACAAAAAAGAGAGAAAUUUGAAAGGAAAUGGGAUUGGAGAGUGAACUCUUUAUACAAUUUUAAACUAGUACGAAGUUGUGGAAGGAGAUUGAAAAGGAAUUAUGGAUUCAUGUUUCAAGAACCAGAAAUAAAUAAUCGAAUAGAUUAUUAUGAUGAGGAAGAAGAAGAGGAGGAUGAAGAUGAAGAUGAUGAAGAAAUUCAAUUAGGUAGAUAAUCAUACAAAGAUUUAACCAACCCAUCAAGAGUAUAUUUAUAUAUCUACUUUAGAAAAGUGUUGAAAUGAUUUCAGGUCAAACUUUGAGGGACAUCAUCUAUCAUGAUCAUAUUGAUAACGAAGAAUAGUUGUAAUAUUACUAAUAAUAAUGGCAAUCACAAUAACAACAACAGGAAAUUAAUAGACAUUAAGUCAAUAAGUAAACCCUACAAACUGCUGGUUUCCAAACAGGUGAGGAUUUGUAUUUUGGAGAUUCAAUCAACAUUCCAUUACAACACAAAUAGUUUACUUAAAAUAGCAAUACUUUCAGAUCAUCAAGUGGAUAAAAUACUUAUUAGAGUCAAAAGAGUUAGUAAUUAAAACAAUAACAAUAUCAGCAAACCUAAUAACAAACACAGUAAUCUUUAUAUUAAUCGAAAACAUAUGCUUAAAGUCCCCUUGGAACAAAUCAACUGUUAGUUAGUAGUAGCAGAAAUGCUCAACCAAAAUUAACAUUUUCAUAUGAUCCAUUCUAUCAUGAAUAAAAUUCUAAAUAAGUAUUGGCUGCUCCAUAGCCCGAAUAUUAGGCGAUGUCCAGACCCUAAUAUAGAUCCUCUACUAAUUACGUUCCAAGUGUAUAAAAUCAAUUGCCAAUAGUCUCAGAAGAGAGCAACUCAUUAUUGAAUAUCCCAAUAGCAAAUAAUCCAUAUCAAUCUGCAAUGUCAAUCAGCUCUGUUGGUAUGUCCAGCAUUGAUGAAGUUCAAAGGAGAGACGGAAAUAAUCCGUCUACUAUUGUUAGGCGAACUACUCAAAAAUAAACGAAUACAGUCUCUAGUGCUGUUAGUCCUGAUAUUAAGAAGAAGUCCAUUUCAGCAUCUAACUCUAGAUCAUACUCAGCUUUGUCUUCUAGAUAAAACUAACACUAUAGUGACUUAGAUAAUGUCUUAUAUAAGUAAGAUCUUAGGGAUAACUUUGAUAUUGAUUAAAUCGGAAUAUAUUAAUAGUUUAAACCUUAGAAUAAUUAUGAUUGUGUUGUAAACUAAAUCAAGAUACAGUCUAAGAAACUUAUCAAGAAAAAGAAACUCAAAUGA